GUAGGACGCAAAGCAACAAUCCAGCCGACAGCUAGCUAGCCACCUAGCCGGGCGAAGACCGCGUUUUAUCAUGACCAAAGACCUCGAAACGAGUCACAUUUUGUCCGCCGAGGAGGGAACAAUGUGGCCGGGAUGUGUCUAAAGAAUGGGAAACGUGUUUGGGGGAAAGAGUCGACCCUCGCGCGUGACGGAACAAGACAAAGCCGUCUUGCAAUUGAAGCAGCAGAGAGACAAACUAAAGCAGUACCAAAAGAGGAUCACCCUCCAGCUGGACAGAGAGAGACUGCUGGCCAAGCAGCUGCUAAAGGAUGGCAGAAAAGAAAAGGCUCUGCUGCUCCUUAAGAAGAAGCGCUAUCAGGAUCAGCUGCUAGACAAGACAGAAAAUCAGAUCUCAAACCUUGAGCGAAUGGUCCAAGAUAUCGAGUUCAUGCAAAUUGAGAUGAAAGUCAUCGACGGGUUGAAAGCAGGCAACGACUGUCUGAAGCGGAUGCACCAGAUGAUGUCAAUAGAAGAUGUGGAGAGGAUCCUGGACGAGACCCAGGAAUCGAUUGAGUAUCAAAAGCAAAUCGAUGAAAUGUUGGCCGGAGCGCUGACGCAGGAGGACGAGGACGCUGUUUUGGCCGAGCUGGAAGCCAUUACUCAGGGAGAAGAUUUCACACUACCUGAGGUUCCGACAGAACCGCUACCAGUCGUCCCAGAAGCAGCCAGCGCAGAACCGGACAGAAGACAGAAGAAGGACAUGGACCGAGAGAUGUUGCCAGCUUAACAUUUUAAUAACAAUAUUUCCAUAUUUCAUCACAUGACUCACUUGCUUCUACGGUCAUUGAAUAAUAAAACAUCUCAUUCUUA